CAAAGAUUCCAAUUUUCCCCCGCCCAGCUCCCAAAUCGCUCACGCGGCCCGCCGAAUCCCCAGAUCCCCACCCCCUCCCGCGCGCCCCGGCCCCCGGCUCCGCCCAAUUCUAGGGUUUCCACUCCCCUCCCCAAGCUCCCACCGCCAGAUUAGGGUUUCCAUUUCGCAUUCCGCCCUGCCGGAGCUCGCGGUUCCGGCCGAUUGGAGCCGCCAGCGCGCGGCCGGCUGCCUAGGGCCUGGAUUUCCGGUGGCAGGGGCGGGGGGAUGUCGUGAACGCCGGAGCUUGUCUGCUCUUCCCUGUCCGUCGGGGAGCCGAGGUGAGCUGAGCUCAGGCUAGGCUAGGGUUUCGUGCUGCGCGCUCCGUUAGCGAGGAGCGCGGCCGGAGAUGUUCUACUCGCAGUUCAUCUUGGCCAAGAAGGGCCCCCUCGGGACCAUAUGGAUCGCCGCGCACUUGGAGCGGAAGCUCCGCAAGAACCAGGUCACGGACACCGACAUCGGCGUCUCCGUAGAUUCAAUUAUAUUCCCUGAGGUUCCGAUUGCGCUGCGAUUAUCCAGCCAUCUUAUGGUAGGCGUGGUCAGAAUCUAUUCUCGGAAGGUCAACUACCUAUUUCAUGAUUGCAGUGAAGCUUUGCUCAAGAUAAAACAAGCAUUUAGGUCUGCUGCUGUUGAUCUCCCCCCUGAAGAAUCAACUGCUCCAUAUCAUUCUAUAACACUUCCUGAGACAUUCCACCUUGAUGAUUUUGAGUUACCGGAGGCUGAAUUUGAGGGGGACAUUGAUCAUCAUAUAAGCUCAAAAGAACAGAUUACCCUGCAAGACAACCCAGAGAGAACAGGAUAUUCAACAUCUGAAUUUGGUUUAGAUGAAAGAUUUGGUGAUGGCAGUUCUUCACAUAUGGGUUUUGAUUUGGAGGAGGAAUUAUUGCUGGCGAAGGAUCACCCAAUUCAACUCGAAUCUGGUGAUGGCAUCAUCAUUCAAGGUCAAUCAUCACUUCAUCUUACGGAUAUGGAUGUUGAUGAUAACCCAAGUAAAGAUGAAGGGGCUGAAGGAUACAACAAAAUGGAUGAUGAACCUUCUACUUCCAGCAGGCAAAAUCAAUCGAAUGCAGAUGAUUCAAGGAACAAUAUUCCUAAUUGGACUGGUUACAAUUUGCGCACUCCUGAUUUGAAUGACAUGCUUUUCCACAAUGAAGAUGAUGCAGGGCCAUCGACUUCAUACUAUCAGCCUAGUCCCUUCCCUUGUGAUGAUCCUGCAUCUCCUGCAUCUCCUGCAUCUCCUGAGUUUGUAAGCGCUCAAGCCCCGGCUACACCUGGAUUAAUGGAAGAAACAGUUCCUUCCAGAGUGCACGAAAGUCCUGUUCUGAGUCCGCAACGGAAAGCUUCACCAUCAAGCAACGAGGAAACUGCAAAGGUUGACAAUUUUGCUGCUCCACCCUCAUAUUUUCUCCAUUCAGCUGCAUCCAAUGCUAACGAUGCUGCUGGUGCUGAGAUGGUGGGAUUUGGAUUGGCUAAGCCUGUGCAAGUUGGGUCUUCUGUUGAUGUACAGGACAAUUUUCCUGCUCCAUCCUCAGAUUUUAUCCAUUCAGCUGCAGCAAAUGCUAAUGAUGCUGUUAGUGCUGAAAUUGCUGAAUUUGGGUUGGCUAAGCCUGUGCAAGUUGAGUCUUCUGGUGCUGUAGCUCCACCCUCAGAUUUUCACCAUUCAGCUGCAGUAAAUGCUAAUGAUGCUGUUGGUGCUGAGAUGGCUGAAUUUAGAGUGGCCAAUCCUGUGCAUGAGUCUUCUGGUGCUGUACAGGAGAAUUUUGCUGCUCCACCCUCAGAUUUUCUCCAUCUAGCUGCAUCACAUGCUAAUAAUGCUGUUGGUGCUGAGAUGGCUGAAUUUAGAUUGGCUAAUCCUGUGCAAGUUGAGUCUUCUGGUGCUGUACAGGAGAAUUUUGCUGCUCCACCCUCAAAUUUUCUCCAUCCAGCUGCAUCACAAGCUAAUGACGCUAUUGGUGCUGAGAUGACUGAAUUUAGAUUGGCUAAUCCUGUGCAAGUUGAGUCUUCUGGUGCUGUACAGGAGCAUUUUGCUGCUCCACCCUCAGAUUUUCACCGUCCAGCUGCAGCACAUGCUAAUGACGCUAUUGGUGCUGAGGUGGCUGAAUUUAGAUUGGCUAAUCCUGUGCAAGUUGAGUCUUCUGGUGCUGUACAGGAGCAUUUUGCUGCUCCACCCUCGGAUUUUCACCGUCCAGCUGCAGCACAUGCUAAUGACGCUAUUGGUGCUGAGGUGGCUGAAUUUAGAUUGGCUAAUCCUGUGCAAGUUGAGUCUUCUGGUGCUGUACAGGAGCAUUUUGCUGCUCCACCCUCGGAUUUUCACCGUCCAGCUGCAGCACAUGCUAAUGACGCUAUUGGUGCUGAGGUGGCUGAAUUUAGAUUGGCUAAUCCUGUGCAAGUUGAGUCUUCUGGUGCUGUACGGGAGAUGGAUUUUCUGAGGCAACACUGUGUAACUGUGGAUAUGCCACCAGAACCACAAACAUCAAACCUGGUGGCUACUGUUGAUAAGUCGGUGGUAAAUACUGACAAUAUAGCUGUAUCAGGUCAAACACUACCUUUUAAAGCAAACAUGGGAACUGUGCCAUUUGUUCAGGAUACUUCAGAGCCACGCGCUAAUGGUUCUAUCGAGACAUAUGUGACAGGGAAUCAAACACAUUUUAAUGAGGGGUCAGUAAACGUGCAAGGGUAUAAUUUUCUUGCUUCUAAUGUAUCUGUAGAGCCAUACCCUAGUGGUUCUACUGAGCCAUGGGUGACAGGGCAACAACAACAAAGCUUUUUGUCCCAAGCAAGUUGGGGUAGGCCUAGUGGUCCUCCUACCGAGCCACGCAUGACAGGGCAUCCAACACAUUUUAAUGAGGGAUCAGUAAAUGUGCAAGGGUAUAAUCUGCAUGCUUCUAAUGUGUUUCUCGGACACAACUUACAAGAAAUGCCACCAGGAAUGACACACAGUAAUAUAUCAACUGCAGCUUUCCAGCAGAACACCGGAACAAUACCGCAAUACAUGUCAUAUAAUGAUAGACCAAAUGACAUGUUUACCUCGAAUUUCCCAGAACGCGAGAGAAUGCUGUCAGCUCCAUAUAUUGGAUUCCACCAGACAAAUGACUUGGGACAGUUAACUGCAGAGAAAGGAAUCACUGAGUCUGAUGGAAGUAACAAAAUAGGUAGCCUUAGUAGCAGGAAACGUCACUUGGAGGAUAGCAUGCCAGCUCCAGAGAGUAGGACUACUGAAAAUUUGUCCAGCAGACCACAUGGUCAAAGAACCACUGAUGCUAUUUCUAACGAUGACGAUAUACUGGCAUCUAUUUUAGUUGGUAGAAGAACCCCUGGAUUGGUGCUUGAUUCAACACCAUUACCACCUAAGGCAUCAUCUUCGAAACGCCAAAGGUUGACACCGAAGACCGCAUUGGCACCCAAGUCCAGGACACCCAAGAGAAGAGUGAAAAUGGAUGAUGACACGGUUAUACACGCUGAUAUUAUACGGCAGCAGUUGAUUAGCACUGAGGAUAUAAGGCGCAUUCGGAGAAAGGCUCCAUGCACCCGUACUGAAAUAUGGAUGAUCGAGAAAGGUUCACUAGAAGAUGAUAUAUUCCGCGAGCCUAUAUUUUCCUGUAUGCACAAGGACCUGAACGAUUUACACUAUCGAACAUAUGAGUCUGUUUCUCAGUUCACCAUACAUAACAGGGAACCGCAACGACAAGUAGACAUAUCUGAAACUAUCCCAGCAGAUAACAGAAAUGCUGGCACCUCUGGUGCAGAGGAAAGUGCAGCUCUUGAUCACCAACUUCAUAUGGUUCUACCAGAUACCAACAAUGUUGACAUCUCUGGUGCAAAGGACAUUGCAGCUCUUGAUCACCAUCUGAACAUGGGACUACCAGAUGGAGCUCACAACGUUGGCAUCUCUGGUGCAAAUGAUAGUGCAGCUCUGGAUCACCAACAAAAUAUGGGACUACCAGAUGGAGCUCACAACGUUGGCAUCUCUGGUGCAAAUGACAGUGUAGCUCUUGAUCACCAACUUCAUAUAGGACUACCAGAUGGAGCUCACAAUGUUGGCAUCUCUGGCGCAAAUGACAGUGCAGCUCUUGUUCACCAACUUCAUAUGGGACUACCAGAUGGAGCUCACAGUGUCGGCAUCUCUGGUGCAAAUGACAGUGCAGCUCUUGAUCACCAACUUCAUAUGGGACUACCAGAUGGAGCUCACUUAGAUGCUACACCACAGGAAGCAACUGGUACAGUUGAUGCUACAGCUGCAUUUGGUUUGCAAAUGCCAUCUGACAAACUUGAUAACAACAUUGAGAAAGUAACUGAAUUUGGUGACGGGAAAGAAAUCCCACUUGUUGACGAAACAAAUGCUGUUACAGACAUUACUGCUCAUGAUGAUACACUGGAUAAGGACUGCCAUCAUGAUGUUUCAGCAGACAUGCAGAGGAAUACAAAUGCUGAUACACCUCUAUUUGUGCAAGAUGGCAUAACCCAUGAUUCUGCUACUAUAACAGAUGCUCCAGAUGUUGCUUUACAUAGUUCUGGCCCAGCGUGUGCACAAGCAGUGGACGGUCGGGAAGGGGAAUUGAGUGAGAUUGUUCACAGUGAUAUUAAUGCUUUUGAGGAUAAGGAGAUGCCCACUUCUGAGAUCACUGGACUGGAAUUGACUGAAUGUGCCUCUGGUUUUCCUCAACCAACGGAGCAUGAGAAUGCUGUGUCGGCCAUGGGAGAAAAUUCUGGCUUGCAAGAAAACAAUGCAGGAUCCUUCACGGACAUGGACAACACCGGGCAUGACUUUGCACUGAAGGAAAUCAGUGAUUUUGGAAGUGCAAUUCAUGGUGUUGACGGCACAGAUUUUCCACACUAUGAUGAUGAUGGGGACUUUGAUGAGGCAAUUGAUCUUGAUGAUGAUGAUGAUGAGCCAAAUCCUGACGAAUUCCAGUCUCAUGAUGCACUUAGUGGCUGGUCUUCUCGUACCAAGGGCGUUGCAAGAUAUCUCAAGACUUUAUUCGAUGAAGAGUCUGGUCGGGGGAGAAAGAAUGUUGUCAUUGAUCAUCUAGUGCAUGGGAAGACUCGGAAAGAAGCUUCAAGGAUGUUCUUCGAGACCUUGGUGUUGUCGACGAAGGACUACAUUCAGGUGGAGCAGGUGAACCCCUUCGAUUUAAUAAACGUGAAGCCAGUGUCCAAGCUCCUGAAGACAGAUUUCUAGACCGAGACCGCCCUAGCAAAAGUGGCAUGGUAUACAUACAUCUUACAAUAUCUGUCACAGCACCGUCAACAACAUACAGAUUGGGGUUCAGCUGUUUGUUGUGGUAACUUCCCCCCAUUUUCUGUUGUUUGUUGUUAAAUUUACCCCCCCUCCUUAGUAUCGUGUCUCCCCGCACUAAUCUGUGCCUAGCUGAUCUGAAGCUGAGCUGAAGUAGUAGGGCUUUGUUGUUGUGCUCCAUGUUGGCUGGGUGUAUAUAUGAUGAUUAGCCCUGUGUAAAGCUAAGUUUAUUAUGCCGUGUAAUGUUGGUAGCGUCGUCGGCUAAGAAGUUAUUUGCCUGCCUGUUGUUUCCUUGAACAGUCCUUGGGAACUGUAUGCAUCUGGAUCUGUUGGACUGCUUGUAUUUGGAAGUUCUCCUCAUCUUUCAGUACUGAAUUUCACCGUCUUUA